AUGGCCGAUCCAAUUUACCCUAGUUUUCUCUACCUUCAUAUUCUCAGGGUUUCUCUUCCAUCUCUUCUAGUUGUUCGCUGCAGGCGCAGUAGAAAGAGGAACAGAGGGUGUCGUUCUUCUUCAAACGCAGUCACCAUGGGGCGUAUGCACAGUCGAGGUAAGGGUAUUUCCAGUUCGGCUCUUCCAUACAAGAGGACGCCACCUAGCUGGUUGAAGAUUUCGUCUCAGGAUGUGGAGGAGAACAUCUGCAAGUUUGCCAAGAAAGGUCUCACUCCAUCUCAAAUUGGUGUUAUUCUUCGUGACUCUCAUGGAAUUGCACAAGUGAAGAGUGUCACUGUUAGCAAGAUUCUCCGUAUCUUGAAAGGCCAUGGGCUUGCUCCUGAAAUUCCUGAAGAUUUGUAUCACCUGAUCAAGAAGGCUGUAUCCAUUAGGAAGCACUUGGAGAGGAAUAGGAAGGACAAGGAUUCAAAAUUCAGGUUGAUUUUGGUUGAGAGUAGGAUUCACCGCCUUGCCCGUUACUACAAGAAGACAAAGCAGCUUCCACCUGUGUGGAAAUAUGAAUCAUCAACAGCCAGCACCCUUGUGGCUUAG